AUUUCAUUGUUGCAGGCCCUAAUAACGCCCUAACUUCCAAUUUCAAGAUUGGAAUCGGAAAGACGCCCAGGAAAACAUUAUCGAUACUAGACCUACACCCGGCGAUUCUGGCGAUAGGCUAAAGUGCGGAUGAAGAGAGGAUGAUUGACAAAGGCUGCCAUUCUUCGUACCGUAGAGUUUAUACACACCAAGAUGGAUGAUUGGGAAAACGAAGAUUUUGAGCCUGCUGUUCCAGGUGGAAAUGCUGCCACAGACAAGUGGGAAGGGGAAGACGAAGACGAGGAUGUGAAGGAGAGCUGGGAAGAUGACGACGAUGAGAAAAAGCCAGCCGAUGCAAGUGAAGACAGUACGUCAACAGCUUACCAGCGGCCUAAGAAAAAACCUCUGGCUGAGAGAAUAGCAGAGAAAAAUCGUGCCAAACAAGAGGCAGCAGAAUUGGUAUCUGCUGAAAAGAAAGAGUUGACUGCGGAGGAAAAACUUGCAGAAAAAAUACGCCUACAGAAAAUUCAAGAAGAGGCUGAUUUGAAGCUCGCCAAAGGAUUAUUUGGUGUCCAGUCUAAAGGAAUUGAUUCAAUGUUUCCGGAAACCAAAGAAGAGUUUGAUGAGUUUGCAGAAGCUUUGAAAACGAAAAUUACUUUUUUCGAGAGCAGUAAACUUUAUGGAGAGUUUUUGGAAAAACUCAUAAACGAUAUUUCCGUGACGUUACCCCCAGAUAACAUCAAGAAAGUUGGCAUUGCAUUGAAUUCCUUAUUCCACGAGAAGGAUAGGCAAAGGAAGGAGCAAGCAAAGAGCAAAAAGAAGAAGCAGAAGGCCUCUAUCCGCCUGGACAAAGCUGAUGACCUUGGCUUGGCUGAUGCGACGUCAGGUGGUGGCUAUUUUGAUGACGAUGAUGAUUUCAUAUAGCACUUAUAACUAGUUUUGAAAUUAUAUAUUUUUUUCUUUUCUUUUUUAUUUUUAAGAUUGGUUUAUGAAUUAUUGUCAGUUCCUACUAAGUCUUUCCACUGUGCCUAAUUUAUCGCCCUUGGGUCUUCUAUCUCAUCUCUCUAUACUUCCAAGUUUUGUUGGGUUUGGUAUUUUCUAAAUUUUUCCAUACCUGAGUUUUGUUUUUAAAAAGUUGGCUUGUAAAAACAAUUUGGUUAAAGCUUUUAAAAGAAUUAUUCCCCACUGAAUACUGUACCUAUGCACUCUGGUGAGGUAGCUGAUGGUGCCGUUCCUGUGUGUAAAAAGUGCUGAAAUUGUUCUGUGGGAAAACCUUAUGAAGGAUCGUACUGUUCUUGUAGGACUUUUUAAAGGGGAAUCUUGGUAUGAUUGUUUUUCAAAAUUAACUUGUGUCUUUUUUAAAUUUUUACAUCUUUUACGUGAGGAACUGAUGAAGAAAAACUUGCAGGCAUUUAAUUUUUCUCCUUAGUUUGUCUGACUUCAGGAUAUGAAGGUUAGGUUAUUUUUAUUUUAUUUUAUUUUUUUGUAUGUGUAAAUUGAACUCUGGGCGAAAGUAAUGUUAUAAAUUAUGGGUGGGAUGUACAUGGUGACAGUGGUCUUGUGCGAUUGUUUUUCGUAUUCCUGUUCAUGUUCACCUCUCUAAACUCUUGGUGAAUGGCUUCUUUCGCCUCCCCCUGCCCCACUAGCAAUGUGUACAGCAUCUGAUGACUAAAUAUUGCAAUGUGCAUCACAAGCUGAUGUGUCUUAUGCAUGCGUUUCACGUAAUACUGUUUUACUUGGAGCAAGUAAUUAAAGGUGGAAUAAUCAAUUA